AUGUCUUACGAUCGAGUUCUCCCCAAACCUUCUGCUUUGCUCCAUGACGCUCCUCCAGUCAAUCUUCCGAGACGGUCUAGCAACCUCCUCGAGCACAAGAUCAUGAACGACGAGGCCGCCAAGGUCGCCAUCAUAGAUCACCCUGUCGACACUGCUUCGUGCAGGUUCGCCCCGAGUUUACCUUCAACGGGGCUGCCGCAGGUGCAUCUCUCCUCGCUCAAUCGGGCCAAGAUCACCCUCAAUAAGAUUGCUUCUAACCCGCCCACCGACUCUGCCAACCUGGGUGCACCAUUGCCCGCGAGGACUAUGCCGCUGCGAGAGCGCUCGUCACAAUCAGAGAGGUCCUCCUCGUCUAGUCCGGUGAAAUCGACGGCGUCAAAGGAUUCAGUGACGCACUUCUGUCUGUGCCAACCAGAUCCCAAGAUUCCCAGACCGCGAAAUGCUUUCAUCCUAUACCGCCAACACUAUCAGGCCGCGGUAGUGGCUCAGAAUCCGGGGCUGGCGAAUCCGGAUAUCUCCAAGAUCAUUGGGGAGCAGUGGAGAAAGCUCCCUCAGGAGACAAAAGAUGAAUGGAAGGCUCUUGCCGAGGAAGAGAAAGCUCGCCACCAGCAGCAGUAUCCUGAGUACCGGUAUCAGCCGCGCCGCUAUGGUCGGGAUGGAAAUUCCCGUUCCAUGAGUUCUGGCAUUAGCCACAACCCACCAGGCUCUACCGUUUGUACUCGGUGUGGAGGUCGUGUCAUGACCCCGCCUGUAUCACCUGAGGCACCGUUCACCCCCAAUGGAUCCUCCAGUGGCGUAUCAACCCAUCCCGACGUGCUCGCGGCCCGAAGUUACCAGUAUCGAGCCAGGGAUGGAGAUAGACCAGUUCACCCCAUCAGGGUUGCAAGCACUGGUGAGAUUCGUCCGCCGCGUCAGCGGCAGUGGGAAGAGAGUGGUUGCCGAUCACCAGACUCGAAACGUCGCCGAUUUAACUCACAGGUGCUGCUGAAACCGAAUAUCCAUCGAGAUCGAAGUCCCGAGUCGCCGUACCCGAUUUCCCCUUAUACCCCCCGUUCAGAUGUGACGCAAGCUCGGGCUCUUCUUCAAAUGCCACAUCCUUCUAGAGCAGCUCGACAGAGUAGGGAACAUCCUUCACAUGACCCGAGUCUGAGACUUCCACCAUUGCAGACCAGUACCCCGGUGGCAAGCUCCAUGACGCCAAUCACCCCCUUUCCGCAAGAAGGAUCAAGUCUUGAGGCCAUGGUCAUGAACAUCCCAUUCAUCAACAAGAUCAAGUUACUUUCCAAAAUAUCGCCUCCGCUCGUGCCAUCUUUCCGUGAUGGUUGCUUUCAACGGCGGGGAGUCGUGAUCGCUGUGGACGGACAAGAUCCGUUGCAAGUGAGGGCAGUCGUUGAUUACCUCAACCGUCUCCUUCAGAAAGAAGGCAAAUAUAACCCCCAGGUCUUCGAGGGUCCCGAUAUCCGCCCACAAGAGUCCCAGGCUGGCCAGAUGGGGGAUGCCACCGUCGACUACCUCAACACAAUUUCUGUAUGGCAUCGCAUCUCCGAUGCGAUCUCGAGCUUCGUCAAGCCUGCGAGUGAGUCUCCGGGAUCGAAAUUAUCUGAUAACGAUGCCGCUUUUGAAGUCUCACCGAAGACCAUCAUCCCUAAGACGGCUGAAUUGAAAAUCGGUUCUCCGGCACAAUCCAGUGAGAACGGAUCAGAUGCCUCCUCGUCGGUCUCCAGUACCGGACUCUCUCCCGUCCCAAUUGCUCUUGUGCCGCGCUAUCAACUCACCACGGCAGACGCGUAUGCCUGCUAUGUACCAAUCAGUGAUUCCUACGCGCCACUAGACCAUUGGCAGUGGAUGGCCUCGCUCUGGCGAGCGUGUGUCGGGCCGGACAUCACUGUCUAUAUCCGGGAUUGCGAGAAGGAUGAGUUGGAUCGCUUCGGAGGCAAUCCGGUUGAGGUUCGUCUGCAAGACGCACGGACUGUAGUUGUGCGCCGAGUAGUGGGUUCUCAGAAAGAUCUAGAAGAGAAGGCUCUAAAACGGGUUGGUUUUGAGAUCGAGGACUUCCUUACUCAAUGA